AUGGAAGAAUUUUUGCAACGCGCCAAAUCUAAACUGGAUCGAAGUAAACAGUUGGAGAAAGUCCAUGCCGUUAUUGGACCUAAGUCAUGUGACUUAGAUUCUCUCAUUUCUGCCUUCACAUAUGCAUACUUUCUGGACAAGGUCAGUCCACCCGGGGUCCUCUGCUUGCCAGUGCUGAACAUCCCAAGGACCGAAUUCAGCUACUUCACAGAGACGAGGUUCAUUUUAGAAGAGCUGAACAUCUCUGAAUCAUUCCACAUAUUCCGUGAUGAAAUUAACCUGCAUGAGCUGAACGAUGAAGGAAAGCUGUCAAUAACGCUCGUGGGCAGCAACGCCCUGGGGAGCGAGGACAGAAGUUUGGAAGCCGCAGUUGUCAGAGUCAUUAACCCCGGUGAGCAGAGCGAUGCCGAGCUGGGGUUCCCGGAGUCUUCCUCCUCGCUGGUGCUGAAGGAGCUCCUGCACGAGGCCCCCGAGCUCAUCACCCAGCAGCUGGCGCAUCUCCUCAGAGGCAGCAUCCUGUUCAAGUGGAUGAGCAUGGACCCCGAGCUCCCGGAGAAGCAGGAGGACAUUCUCUCCAUCCUGGAAGAACAGUUUCCCAACCUGCCUCCCAGAGAUGACAUUAUCAGCGUGCUGCAGGAGACCCAGCUCAGUGCUCAGGGUUUAAGUAUUGAACAAACAAUUCUGAAAGAUCUAAAGGAGCUGUCAGAUGGUGAAAUAAAAGUGGCUGUCAGCACUGUGACCAUGACCCUGGAGGACUGCCUGUUUCAUAGCAACAUCACCAGUGACUUGAAAGCCUUCACAGACAAGUUUGGUUUUGAUGUCCUCAUCCUGAUCGCGAGUUACACCUUGGAGGAGCAGCAGAGACAGCAAAUCGCAGUGUACUCCCAGAACCUGGAACUGUGCAGCCAGAUUUGCUGUGAAUUGGAAGAAAGUCAGAACCCUUUCCUGGAACUGGAGCCAUUUGAAUGUGGCUGUGACGAGAUCCUGGUAUACCAGCAGGAGAACCCUUCUGUGACCUGUGACCAGGUGGUUCUUCUUGUCAAGGAAGUCAUCAACAGGAGGUGUGCAGAGAUGGUCUCUAACAGCCGGACAUCCUCCACGGAAGCUGUGGCAGGCAGCGCGCCCCUGUCCCAGGGCUCCUCUGGGAUUAUGGAACUCUAUGGUUCUGACAUAGAGCCACAGCCCAGCUCUGUGAAUUUCAUAGAAAACCCUCCAGAGCUCAACGAUUCUAACCAGGCUCAGGCAGAUGUCAAUAUAGACCUUGUUAGUCCCGACAGCGGCUUGGCCACCAUCAGGAGCAGUCGUUCAUCCAAGGAGAGCUCAGUGUUUCUCAGUGAUGACAGCCCUGUGGGAGAGGGUGCUGGGCCUCACCACAGCCUUCUCCCGGGAUUUGACUCCUACAGCCCCAUCCCCGAAGGGAUAGUUGCAGAGGAACACAGCGAACACUUUGACCUCUUCAACUUUGACCCAGCACCCAUGGCUUCUGAGCAAUCCCAGCCAUCUUCCCAUUCUGCAGACUACUCGCCAGAAGACGGCUUCCCCAACAGUGAUUCAUCAGAAGGAAACCUCUCUGCGGGGCCGAAAGGACUUGGUGAGAUGGGGAUCAGCAAGUCUAAUUACUCCUCCAGCUCACUUUUGUCAGAGACCGGGAAAGACAGCCUUGUGGAAUUUGAUGAAGAGUUUGUCCAGGGACAAGAAAGUUCAGGAGAUAACUCUGAAAGUAAUUUAAGCCUGGCAUGUUUUGUGGGAGACGGACCUUCCUCCCCGCCACGGCUGAAGAAUAUUGCGAAGAGGAUCCCACCAACACCUAUGAACAGCUUUGCAGAACUCUCACCGUCAACCGAAGCGCCAGCCCCACUCUAUCCUGAAGGUAUGAUCCAAAAUGCCAUAGACGCAACCCACCUGGGGCCGCCUCAGACCCGCACACGGUGCAGCAGCUGGUGGGGUGGCUUAGAAAUUGACUCGAAAAAUAUCGUGGAUGCGUGGAGCCCCGGUGAGCAAGAGCCUGUCUUCCAGAGCCCGGAAUCCUGGAAAGAGCAUAGGAACGGCCCCGUUGAGAGGAGAACCUCGGAUUCCGCCUUCCAACCGCAAAGUCUCGAAUUCCCAAAGUCAGAUCCCUGGGAAUCUGAAUUUGGUCAGCCUGAACUGGGCAGCAAAGAUACGCAUGACCAGGAGGAGGGGAGCUUGAAAUGUCAGCAUCCACCCACAGAGAUGCCGCAUUUGACAGAUGCCUCUCCUCAAGGGACAAACCACCUCAUAGAAGACUUCGCUGCUUUGUGGCAUUCAGGCCACUCCCCGACAAUGAUGCCCGAGCCCUGGGGAAAUCCCUCGGAUUCGGCUGACACUGCAGUCUCGGUGCCAUUCCCGUCCUGGGGUGCAUUUGAUAAGAAAAACAACACUGAGACUCUAAACAGCACUUGGAAUCUUCAUCCCACUAACAACGAGAUGCUGCCUGUACAGGACCCGAAUGAGUGGGCUAUGGCCAAAAGCGGGUUUUCUUUCCCUGCUGUAGACCUACUGGACAAUUCCCUUGUUGAGGUCAAUGCAGAUGCUGCUCCAGAAAUCUGGGGCAAUACGAGCAGCGGCCCCAAGGAUAAUAUUCUUACAUCUGGAAGCCCCAUUUCUGAUCUGGGUCAAACGUGGAAUACUUCUAAGCUGCCAGGGGAAGACCAGAAUGGUUUGGUGGAUGCAACAGCCAGAAGGAGGGUAUAUGGGAAGGAAGGUUCCUGGAGCCUCUUUGAGGAGAGUGUUAAGAAAAGAGGGUCAGAUGUAUCGGCUCCUUGGGAAGACUCCUUUUUGUCAUACAAAUGCUCUGAUUACAGCGCAUCCAACCUAGGAGAAGAUUCAGUCCCAUCCCCCCUGGACACCAACUACUCCACCUCUGACUCUUACACGUCGCCAACAUACGCUGGAGAUGAAAAGGAAACGGAAAACAAGCCAUUUUCCCAGGAGAAUGGUUCUGAGUCCAAAGACACUAACUGUCCUGCAGAGGAUGUUGAGUCUCUCGCAACGUCACCCCAGCAGUCUCAGAGAAAUCGAAUUGGUUCCGGUCCCGGGCACUUAGACAUGUGGGCAUCACCUCCUGCAGACGAUACACCUGAAGGAAAUGGCGCACAUCCUCCAGAUAAAGACUUACUCAAGAUCGAGCGUGCGGGAGACGAGCAUGCUUCCAGGGAGGACGAUGGAGGGGAGAGCAGCCCAUCCAGUUACGAUGACCCCAGCAUGAUGCAACUCUACAACGAGGCAAACCGGCAGCUCACCCUUCUCCACAGCAACACCAACUCACGCCAGGCAGCCCCCGACAGCCUUGAGACAUGGAACCGAGUGGCUCUGGAGGACACACAGUCCACCGCGACCAUCUCGGACAUGGACAACGAACUGGACUGGGAUGACUGCAGUGGGGGUGUGGCUAUCAGCGGCGACGGUCAAGCAGAAGGUUCCAUAGCUGCAAGCACUGAACCGGAAACCCGGUUCUCAGUGAAGCAGCUGGAACCCUGGGGCACAGAGCAUCAGGAAGCAAACCAGGUAGACUGGGACCUCUCCGCCUCUGCAGAGCCCACUGGGGACACUGGUCCCAGUGAAUACCAUAUCCUGAAUGAGAAGAGUGGGCAGUUAAUUGCAAACAGUAUUUGGGAUUCUGUCAUGAGAGAUAAAAAUAUGCCGACAUUUAGAUUACCAAGUCCACCCAGUACUACAGAUAUGGGACAAAGCACUUGGCCUCCUGAAAUUCCCGGGCACUCAGUAAAUGAUAAAGACAGUCCCAUGUUAGAAGCCUCUGGAUUCAGUGAGUCAGCAGCACUUACAUCUCAGCCUGAUGACCAGGACAUGUGGACAGAGUCCCAAGGUGACACAGCAUCCUUGGUGACCAGGCCGGAGAGUCCAGAACGUGUCACACAGUCAGACCCAUGGACUGGCCAUGCUUUCGGACAGAUUGAAAGUGAGAUCGAAGGCCUGGGAGCCUCUAGCAGUGGGCAUCUCAACAAGAAGGCAGCGCUAGGCUCCGGGGUGGAGGGAAAAGAGCCCAGUGACCAGGCAGUGUCUUUUUCAGCUGCAUUUAAACACCAAGAAAUCUGCAGUGCAUCGGGCAAAAUCAACUCUCUUCCAGUCACUUCCGGCCCUCAAACGGAGGGACCAAAGGAAGCCUUAGAAGUCGAGAAGGAGCCUUAUACUCUAGACUCCUUUGCUGUGCAAACAGAGACACCCACAAGUGAUUUGCAGACAAAAGAGACCCAUGAGGAAUCUCUCGUGGAUGUCAGAAAUUCAGGUGAAACGGGCACAACUUCCGGUAGGAUUCAUCUAAUAGAAAAUAUGCCUUUAUCUGAUAUGGAACUUGAGAAAACUGAAGCCCACAAUCCUCUGGAGUCAGGAAAAGCGGAUGAAAAGCUGCUUUAUGAGUCUCCUCAAACCUUGGACGAUUGGAACGGCGCUAUAGAUAGUGACGUGUGGGACAGUCACAUAAGUUAUGAGGCGACUGCGAAUCCUGCAGGCCAUGGCCCUGAGAGCGGCUUCCCGGAAGCUCUUUCCCCAGGAAAUUAUGACAGAGACAGCCUCUCCAGUGAAUGUACUCAUUCAAGUAUGUCGAGUCCUGAUCCAAAUGAGUCUCCAGUGGCUUUGCCCUGGACCCAUGGACCCAAUACUGGACUUCAAAAAGAGGAUCAAGAAGACAGGAGCAAACCGAUUCACCAAGAACCGGAACAAUUUGCCACCGAAUCCCAAGCAAAAGUGGUUACUGAAAUGAGGGACUUUGCAGAAAACAGACAGGAUGGGUUGGGAAAGUUGUCUGAUCACAGGGAUCCUAAAUUUCCCGAGAUUCCAAGCGAGCCCAUCAACAAUGACUCCUCAUCCUCUUCAUCCAGCCUUGGAACGGAUAAAUAUCCAGAAUAUUCUUAUGCAUAUCAGGGAGGAAGUGUAACGAUUAGCCAUCAAGAGAAAAAUGAACUUGACUUUCUGGAAAUUGCGCAGCCAGAGGACACUAGCAUCAUAUCUACAAGCUCAGGUUCUGACGAUGAUGGUGGCGGUAAUGGAGAGCUGGUGGAGACGGAGCUCCAUUUGGCCACUUGCCAAGUUUCUCAGAACGAAUCCGGGGCUUGUGAUUCGCUGCAUGAACCCGAGUUCUUGACCACAGAGGAUCCCAAGUCUGAAUUUUCUAUCUUUGUGGGUAGUUCAGAGCCAAGAGAGAAAGAGAAUAAGCCAUUCUGUGACAGUCAACAAAGCAGCCCUGGUCAGUGGAUCUUGUCACCACUCGUGCAGACUGGCACACAGGACACAUCUGUGGAGGUCAAAGCUGCAGAAACAGGGAGGAUGGGAGAUAGCAUGUGGCAGGUGUCUCCCAAGCCUGAGCCCCGGGAUGGAGACCCUGCUAAGUUGGAAAUGCUUGGCUUCUCAACCGACAGCAGUGAGUGGUGGGCCAGCCCUCUACAGGAAGGGAGACCAAAUGUCAGCACAUCUGCAGAGCCACUGUCUGACUCAGAGGGGGAGUCUAACUUAGAGGCGACUUCUCCAGUCUUCCAGAAUUCGGGUCCCUGGGGCGUACCCACUCAGAGUGAUAGUGAACAUGUGGACACAGACACUACUAAUCCCUUCAGUGGUAAAGUGAAGUCACCCUUUCUAUAUAGCAAUGGGGACGAGUCACAUGAGAAACUUUGGAACAUUCAACCCAAGCAGCUCGAUUCAGAUGCCGACCAGUUCAGUCAGCUCGUAAUACUGAACCAAGUUAAAGACGAAGAUGCAGGCCAGCAAACAGCUGUGCCCUCUACUGCUGACGACCUUUCUGCCGAGACUCGCACCCAAGAGCAGCAGAUGAAAACGGAUGCCUCAGCCCUGGGCUUUCUCCCACUGAGUGCCAACAAGAGAACUGGUGGGGACAAGAAAAAUCCUAUCCCGGCCAAGUGA